AUGUACUGCAAAUUACAAGUUAAGAAUUUUUUGUUUAUGUUCAACUUAAGUCUCCAAAGACUACAGAAGAUACUUCUUAUGUUCAGGGCGCUGAAAAUCAUCAACAAACGUGAUAUAUUCGAUAAUAUUCGAAAAAAUGAUCCGAAAUCAAGAUGUCGUAAUGGUGGAAUUUAUGCCGGUGGUCAAUGUCACUGUAUUCAUCCGCAUACUGGGAAAACCUGCGAAGAAUUCGCUUGUGUGCAUGGAAUUUCUGUUGGACAGCGAUACGAUCCGCUCAGUCUAAUAUUCAGUAAACCAUGUAUAUGUGAUGAAGGUUGGAAAGGAGAUUUAUGCGAAUAUCAUCUGACUGAAAGAUGUGGUAACCGAGGUGAAUGGAAGAAUAACAAAUGUGAAUGCAUUGGUUCAUUUUUCGGUGAUGAAUGCCAGUUCACUAGCCGAUGUGACAACGGGAUCAUCAAACACGGCCGGUGCAUAUGCAACAAACACUUUGAAGGAGAUUAUUGUGAAAGAAUUAUUUGCUACCAUGGUUAUCCAAAUAUAAAAAAUAUGUCUCAGUCGUGUAUUUGUCCAGCCAAAUACAAAGGACUGCAUUGUGAUCAGUGUUCUCAAGUGGGACCAAAAAUUCAGCCAUAUCCUAUAUGUACGGUCAACUACAUUCCAAGUCAUGCACGGCAGUCCCGAAAGAAAACAAAUCAACAAGUUUGUCAACAUUUUUUCACUAGACUUGAGAGUGUCAAUUUUCCUCAACCAGUAGACAGGGAACCAUGGAACCAAUCACUUUUUGUUUUCAUUCGCUCAUUCACGUUUACCCGAUUACUUGGCAUCCAAAAGAAUCAGCUACGACAAACUGAUCAGAACAAAGUUGUUGUAAACAUAAUUAAGUGA